AAACGUUUAAUAAUGGACCCCCGUGCCAAUGCCCAGGACGUGAUGCGAUGUGACCUGUGUGAGACUGCUAUGGUACAGGUGCGCUGUGAUACAUGUCUUGUCAAUCUGUGUAAGGCUUGUGUGGGAGAACACAUAAUAUCCGAUGAAUUCAAGGACCACAAAGUCAGAAAUCCACUCCUCUCUACCCAGGAUGCAUCUCUCAUCUACAAGAACGAUGUGAAAUGUACUGUAAUCAAUGUGACAUUCCUGUAUGCAACAUCUGCAUUGCAUCUGAUCAACAUCUAACUCAUAAAUUUUUGAAAAUUUUGCAAAUUCUGGAUGAAAAAAAGAACAAAAUAAUUCAGAAACAAAUUGAAUUAAAAGAAACAGUUUAUCCAACAUACCAGGAUAUUGCCUCUGAUGUACAAAACACUAUGAGUCAGUUAGAAAAGGAAUAUGGAGAUCUCUCAUCAGACAUAAUAAAACAUGGAGAGGACUGGCACAGAGAAAUUGACAAACUUGUUAAGAAACUUAAAUCUGAAGUUGAUGAGAUGAAAAACACACAGUUACAAACUCUACAGAAACAUCUGGAUGAAAUAAAGCAGGCAAUUUCCAAUAUGGAGGAUGAAAUUAAUUCAGUCAAUGUUUUUAAAGACCCCAAUGACUUGUCAAAACUGUUUAGCGUUAAAUUCAAUGAAGACAAAUACAAAAAACUUCCAAAAAAAUUUGUGCUGUCUAAACCUAAAUUCAUGCCUGGAAAAAUUCAAAGAGAAGAACUCAGUAUAUUGUUUGGCACUUUUGCAACAAGUUCUUUAACUUCAGUUAAACAUGGCUACAGCAUGAAGAAACCACAAAAAUCACCAGAAGCUGGAUCCUCUCCUCCAGUCAAACAGCUGCUUGAUGAACCAGGGACUGUCACAACCAUAGACACUGGGUAUGCAGUGCUUUUCAAUGUGGCCUGUGUGAGUGAUAAAGAAAUCUGGACAAGUGGAGGCGAGAUCAUGAAACUCUUCAGCAUCAAUCAGGGAUCACUAGUAAAGUCAAUUACAACCAAAUCAGGAAACACGCCAAUAGACAUAACAGUGACAAAAAGUGGAGAUCUAGUUUACUCUGAUUACUGUCGAAGUGAUAGAACUGUGAACAUUUUGAAGAAUGAAGAGAAAGAGGAGGUGAUCAGACUACAACAGAACUGGAGAUCUGACAGUAUCUGUAGUACCUCCUCUGGUGACCUCCUGGUUGUCAUGCGAAGUGAUGAUGACAAACAAACAAAAGUUGUCCGUCAUUCUGGCUCAACAGAGAAACAAACCAUUCAGUUUGAUGAUGAAGGCAAACCUCUGUACUCUCUUGGUUUUUGUAUAUUUUAUAAAUACAUAACUGAGAAUAAAAAUCUGGAUAUCUGUGUGGCUGACAGUGGAGCUAGAGCAGUAGUGGUGGUCAAUCAGGCCGGGAAACUGGGAUUUAGGUACACUGGACAUACUCCUGCUCCAAAGAACCAACCAUUCGAUCCGGUAGAAAUUACUACUGAUAGCCAAUGUCACAUCCUUGUAGCUGAUAUUUACAAUGACUGUGUUCACAUCAUAGACCGGGAUGGACAGUUCCUCCGAUACAUACAGUGUGGAGUGGCUCAACCCAAAGCACUGUCUACAGAUACAAAUGACAAUCUGUUUGUUAGUCAAUAUGUAAACACACAAGUGAAAAAAUCAAAUAUCUGCAAUGAAAUCGAUUACUGAUCUGUUUAUGUUUAGUAUUGUGAUGACAGAGUAAACGAUGCACUUGAAA